AUGAUGUCCAUCGCUAAAGUUGUGAGUUCUGUAAAAUCCGGCGCUCAGUCCAUGCAGCCGCGUGGUUUCAAUAGGGCUGAAGUAAUGUUUAACAACAGUAAAGAAGCGAAUCUAUUCCUGGACUCUCCUGCUCUUCAUGACUCUGGCAUUUCGGCUUUUUUCCCCAGACAGAAGAUCGAAAAAAAGGGCCUUCUCAAAGGCAUUUGUCUCGACGUUAGUAUGGAGGAACUUGUCGAGCUCUCUCUCUCUCCAUGCAAAAUCACUUUCGCAAAACAUUUAAACAGAAAGAUACGUGAUCCUAACUCCAAGGAGAUAUCCUGGGUUCCGUCUGAAACCGUCCUCCUAACCUUUGAAGGGUCUGUAGUUCCCGAGAAGAUUCAGGUGCUCGGACUUCUCAACAAAAAUAUUGAGCCUUACAUCGAACGGGUGAGAACCUGUGUCAAUUGUGGAGGCUAUGGACACACCGCUUCUAGAUGCAGAAGACCAACCAUCUGCUUCAACUGUGGCGAACACAAAAAAGAUGAACAGCACUCCUGUAACGCUCCUACUGGUUGUCUUCAUUGCAAGGGUGACCACUCUACCUUCCACCCGGAUUGCCAAACUAUGAUCUUCAACCAAGAGGUUAAUCGAACCCUUGCCUUCUACGAUGUCUCUAUAUAUGAAGCACUUGCGCAAACCAGAGAGAAACUUGGUCUUGUAAAGCAAAGACCUCCAAGACAGUCAUCCGCUAUCUCAUCCAAUCCCUCAUCAUUUCCUUCUCUUCCUCCAUCUACAUCUAAAAAAGAAUACACUUUGAGAACCAUCGGUGGCAUUCAGAAGGAGCGCCCUGCUAGUCAAUGGAAUAACAAUAUCCUAAAAACGUACUAA